AUGGCGGUGUAUAACGAGAAGAUGCAUGCUGGAGACAGUGGUGCUGCUGGUGGGGCACCGACAUCACCACCUUGUCCGCCGCCUCACCAGGGGGAAGACGACGAUUACCGGGAUCCAGGGUCGAUUAAGAAAAAAACAUGUUCCGAAAUUAAGUUUACGGAUAAGGAUCCGCUUAGUGUUUUUGUUAGAGCUUCGACGAGUUUCACCGAGUUUAAGGAUAAUAUAAUCCGAAAACUAGAUCUGCAAGGCAUGAAACGAGUGGAGAAGUUAUUCUACAGAAUUUCGAUCUCGGUUUUGCGGGAUGAUGUGAAGUAUGAUUCGUUCGUCAUAAGCAGUGAUGAAGAUUUGGAAGUGUUGUUCCACUGUCGUCGGCAAUUCCCGGAGGUGAGGACCCCUGAGCUGUUGGCCAAGCUUGUGGAUGUGGUCUCUAGCUCAAGAGGUUCUAACCGGAUUCCUCUGACUUCAGCCACGGCCGUCGGGUUGUGUUCGAGGCCUAUUGGUGCCUCUUCAUCUCUACCCGUGAUUGAGCCUGAUGCAUGUUUGGUGGCCUCCCUGUCCUUCGCUGUUGACCUGGAUCGUACUCGUGACACAGAACGAGUUGAUACUGUGCCGGUAGUUGAUGCUACGUUUGCAGUGGCCAGCAUUGUUGAUGUGGUCCCAGACCCCCAACAGGGUGGAGCCCUGGAUGGUGUCGAAGAUGUAUUUCAGGAUGAGGAUAAUGAUGAUGUGGAACUCGCCAUGAUUGCCGAUGAUAGCGAUGAUGAGGAUGAGAAGAAUACUCCAAAUGAGGGAGGAGUAGCAGGCAGUUCAGGGACACUGCAGUACCCCUCACACUUUUCAGCUUUGGACUUAGAUGCCAUGAGACAGCAGGGGGAUCCGACUGUGCCUGCCCAAUUCGGGGCCAGAGACAUAUAG